UAUAUGGGUUUGCGUGGUUGGGGGUUCGGCUUGUGGUUGCUGGUUUGGCAAGCGCCCAGCUUGCGUGGCUUGGACCCCCAGAGAGGUGAACUCCCGUGUUCCCUGGGCUCAAAGAGGACGGACGGCUCAAAGGGAUCGGAGAUGGCGACCUUUCGCUUCAUCCAUGCUGAAAGCGGAUGGCCAUUACACAUUGAUGGACUCGGUGACAAGCUGGCCUCACUCCGCUAUGGCGACUGCCGUGAUGAUUUCUCUGCCUUCUGGAUCGAGCCCGCGGGGGAAGGAAGAGUCUACCUUCGGAACCUGGCAACAGAGCUGCCCUUACAUAUCAACGGCCUUGGGGACCAGCUGGCGUCCGUGCGCUGCGGGGACUGCAUGGAUGACUACUCCCAAUUCUACUUGUGCACGGCGCCCUUUCCUUCACAGUCCACGCCGGACGGUCUCCUGCUGCUGAGCGUGGCGAUGGGCCGGGCCCUGCGGAUCGGCGCGGAUCGGAUGGCGUCGACGAUGGAGGAGGGCACGGAUCAGGAGAGCAUCUUCAGAUUAGAAGCUCAUGCCAUUGGUCUUCGCACCUGCCGACUGUUGGGCCCACAGCAGAUGCCAUUGCACGUGGACGGGCUGGGAGAUCAGAUGGCCUCUCAGCGCUUUGGGCACCUGCAGGAUGAAUAUUGUAAGUUCAAUCUGGAGCUGAGCCCGGAAGGAGGCUUCUUCCUCAUCAACCUGGGUUCGGGCUUGCCACUGCGCGUGGACUCCGAUGGGCAGGUCUCUGUUUCCGCCGACGCCCGGGAUGCCUUCGCGCGCUUCGCACUGGAUGCGGCGACUUCGCCCGGAAGCUUCUACGUCAAAAGCGUUGGAGCUGGUAAGGCCGUUUGCAUUCAUGAGAAAAUGGCGAUCUUGGAAGAUGAUCACACUCCUGCCACUGCCUUCUGGCUUCCAAUCUGUCGAGAAGUCUCGGAAGCGAAGAGCAAAGGCGACAUUCCAAGCGGCUACGAGAUGGUAGGUACCCGACCCUUAGGAAGGGGUGGCUUCGGGGUAGUGCACUGCUGUCGUAGCUUGCUGGAUGGUCGCCUUUGCGCUGUGAAGACAACGUACCAGAAGUUCGAAGAGAAUGAGGCAUUUCUUCGAACGGAGCUGGUGAACUUGGCCCAUUUGCCAUCUCAUCCCAAUUUGCUUCGAUACUACACCUGCUUCUUGGAGAAGGGUCGCCUUCACAUCGUCACGGAGUUUCUCGAUGCGGUGAAGCUCUACCAUCUCAUCAAAGGAUCCAAGGCGUCACCCAGCCCUGCGGAGAGCGUCUCUUGCUGGUUUUUGCAGCUAUUCAAGGGAUUGUCGUGUUUGCACUCCAUCGGAAUGAUCCAUCGCGACCUGCACGCUGAGAAUGUUCUGAUUUCGCGCGACGAAAGACGCGAAGUUUCCACAUGCCCAAGUGCAGUGAAGAUCAUUGACGUAGGACUGUCCAAGAUCUCAGAGCUGCUUGAGCCCUCGGUGAUGUCAGUGAAGGGUGUAGGUGCGGGGGGUCUGCCGAGGACAACGGCGGGGGAGUUGUUGAAGUCCAGAUGUGAACACUCUUUACUGGGGCCUCUGAUUUUUGAAUUCGUUUCAAGCUCCAAACUUCAACAAUCCGCGCUUGUUUCCAGCGCCCGAUGGUUGACUUGUGAGACGUUGGGGGGGUUCUGUGCGGAUCGAGCAACCCUGAUAGGUCCUGCUUGGUACUUUUCGCCAGAGCGCCGGGCUGGAGAGGCCUUUGAUCAUUUGGAUGAUGUUUGGGCUGCAGGAUGCAUGUUGGCCGAGAUGAUCAUCAGCGAAGGCUGCUACAUCCAGAACUGCCCUUCCCACGGUCCCGGUGGCAUUGACUUCUCCUCCAGACCCCAAGCAGUGGAAAAGCUGCUGCAACUCUGUGAGACGAGCAGCGCGGCGGUCGGCCGGGUGCCGCGGAAAGCUCUGGCAAAGAGGAUCCACCGCGCCCUUGCUGGACAGAUGGCCGAGUUGCUGGAAGACGUCUCAAAAAGCGCUGGGGGUGCGGUGAUGUGGAGAGGAACUGGGAGAUGCUUUUGGGGCCUCAAGGUGGACCGGGGUUCUUUAAGGUUUUGGGUCAGCAGCUGUGCUUUUUCUAGAUGGUAUAGACCAGCGAUCCCUUCAGGACAGUCAAUCCUUUUUCUAUACUCCUAUUGCACGGUUAUGUAUGUGCUGAGCAGUUGA